AUGGCUAAAGCUCAUGCAGCUACGAAGGAGCUCCUUCAGUCCAUUCGAAAUGCAGCCAUAGCCAACGAUAAGGCUAAGGUGGAGCGUAUAAUUGGGUUCGUAUUAUCAGCCGUGGAUGAUAGGAGAAUUGAGAGUGCGAAGAUGCACAGGAAAAUUAAGGAAAAAGAACAUCAAAUUCAAUGCAAGAAAGAACAGCUUCAACAGUUAUGGUCAAGGAAUGCACGAAAAGGUCACAAGUCGCAAACUAGAUUGGACGUCGAGGCGGGGGGUCGGCGGAAUAGGAAGGGUAAGAAGUCGCUAAAUCCAAACAUGCACGGUGGGGAUCUUGCCCGAGUCAAAAAGCAGAAGAUCGUAGACCUGGACGGAGAUGGAUUGGAAACGAUGUUUAGAGAUACAUGA